UCUGACUGCGCCGUCCGGGUCGCUGUCUACACGCACUCGCGCGGGGCUGGGUCGGCCGCUAGGAUGGAGGAGGAGGUGGAGGGGGCCGAGGAGCAGCAGCGGUUCUCCUAUCGACAGAGGCUGAAGGCAGCGGUCCACUACACCGUGGGCUGUCUCUGUGAGGAGGUGGCCUCGGACAAGGAGGUGCAGCUCAGCAAGCAGACCAUUGCAGCGAUUUCGGAGGUGACAUUCCGACAGUGCGAUAACUUUGCCAAAGACCUUGAAAUGUUUGCAAGACAUGCGAAGAGAAGCACAAUUAACACAGAAGAUGUGAAGCUCUUAGCCAGGAGGAGUAAUUCACUGCUAAAAUACAUCACAGGGAAAAAUGAAGAAAUCACUCAGUUUAAUGUAGAACAAAAAGCAAAGAAGAAAAAGAAGUUAGAGGAUGAAAACAAAGAUUCACUGGAGCCAGCAGAGGCUGGAGGAGUGAGAAGUGAGAAUUAAACCCUGUCACCUUCCGAAGAGCAGCCCUCAGCAUGUUGCCACAAAAGAAACUUUGAAGGGAUAAGUGGAGAUUAAAAAAAACACGGCAAGGAGGCUUGUUGUGCUGUGAUCUCUUAAGUCAUUGACCACAAGGGCUAGUUUUGAAGAUAACUGGAAAUGCUUAAGCAAAAUACUCCUGUCCCGUGUCUUACUGAAGCCCAUAAAAAAGGUUCGUGUUUGAAGAGUAUA